CUCCUCUGGAGUCACUUCUUCCGCGGGGCGGAAGAGGCAUGUCUGCUUGUGUCCUAGCCAUUUCUACCCUCCCUUCCUUCAGAUCCCCAUGAGUAAGCUGUGGCGGCGCGGGAGCACUUCUGGGGCUAUGGAGGCCCCCGAGCCGGGGGAAGCGCUCGAGUUGAGUUUGGCGGGAGCCCACGGCCACGGAGUGCACAAGAAAAAACACAAGAAGCACAAGAAGAAACACAAGAAGAAACACCACCAGGAAGAGGAGGCCGGUGCCACACAGCCAUCUCCUGCCAAGCCUCAACUCAAACUCAAAAUCAAGCUGGGCGGGCAGGUCCUGGGCACCAAAAGCGUCCCUACCUUCACUGUGAUUCCCGAGGGGCCACGUUCACCCUCACCCCUUAUGGUUGUGGACAAUGAAGAGGAACCUAUGGAAGGAGUCCCCCUUGAGCAGUACCGGGCCUGGCUGGAUGAAGACAGUAAUCUGUCUCCCUCACCACUUCGGGACCUGUCUGGUGGCAUAGGAGGUCAGGAAGAAGAGGAAGAACAGAGGUGGCUGGAUGCCUUAGAGAAAGGGGAGCUGGAUGACAAUGGUGAUCUCAAGAAAGAAAUCAAUGAACGGCUGCUUACUGCUCGACAACGGGCUCUGCUCCAGAAGGCACAGAGUCAGCCUACCCCAGUGCUGCCGCUGCCGGUGGCCACAGGCUGCCCUGCCCCAGCCCUCACCGAGGAAAUGCUGCUGAAGCGGGAGGAGCGUGCGCGGAAGCGAAGGCUGCAGGCUGCGCGCAGGGCUGAGGAGCACAAGAACCAAACUAUAGAGCGGCUCACCAAGACUGCGGCGCCCAGCGGCCGGGGAGGCCGGGGGGCCGCAAGGGGCGAGCGGCGGGGAGGGCGCACCACAGCCCCAGCCCCCAUGGUGCGCUACAGCAGCGGGACUCAGGGGUCCACUCUUUCCUUCCCACCUGGCGUGCCUGCCCCUGCACCAGUGUCUCAGCGGCCAGCAGCAUCUGUCCCUCCGCGAUGCUCUGUCCCUGGCUGCCCACACCCGCGCCGAUACGCCUGCUCCCGCACAGGCCAGGCACUCUGCAGCCUCCAGUGCUACCGCAUCAACUUGCAGAUGAGACUGGGGGCGCCAGAGGGUCCUGGAUCCCCCCUUCUGGCUACCUAAGAUCGUUACCUAACUCGGACUCUGCGCCUUAUUCCCUGCCCACAUAACAUUGUCUUUCCCACCUAUUAAAUUUCAUCUGGUGCCUA